AUGCUGUCGUACAUGGUGCCGGUGGAUGAGAAACCGCCUCCAGCUCCGAAGGGCCGUUUAGCGUUGGAGCUGGUCCCAAGCCCUGGCAGCCCUGAAUCAACGGCUAGAAGGCCAAGAACUAAUAUAUCCAAGGAUUCCUCAACUAGCUCCUUCGCGAGCGACCUCACAAUAUCAUCUUCAACGCCGACUGGAGCACACGAUAAACCGAAACACAAAUUACUCAAUGGAAACAAACAUACAUCGCUAAAAAGGGUAUCCUUCGGAAGUUCCAAAGGAUCUAUGGUGGAGACGCUCAUCUAUGAGAGUCCAUUGCAGGAAGAGCCAGAGACCAGCCCGCCUCCCAAGUUCCAGGAGACAUCGUUCCCAUACACGCCCGUCGAAGACGAUUCGGAGCGAUCCAAAGUCCGCGUGACCUUCUACCAGGGAGUACAACCACAGUGUCUCUCACCUCCCCCACAAGAUAUUCAUCUACUGUACUCCGAUCGGCUCUCUGUUCCCGCUAACAUAGAUAUGGCUGAUCAUAUUAUGUACAAUAGACAAAUCAGUACUGAAAGCGGCUGGGAUAACCCGUUCCGUCCUGACGGUGAUCUCAGUCGUGAAGCUGAUGAGAUAGUGUCUCUGAUCAAAGGCGGGAAGCCGAUCACGCCCACGCCGCCACCACUCGGAAACCAGACGCCCAUCUGUGAUGACAAGGAGGAAAAAGUCCAGGCGAACAACGUCAAUGCCAGUCCGCCGUCGUCGCCACAGACGAAGAUAUCCAGCCCUGUUCAGAGCACUCCUAAAUCAGCUAACGGCACCAAAAAUGGUACAGCCGGUGAGGUGGAAGUUCAACGCAGCCAACCCCAAGAACCACAGCAGCCAGAACACGUGACUAUCAAGAAGAAACAGAAGUGCCAAUGCUGCGUCAUACAAUAA